ACUAUAAUAUGAUAUAUCACGAUUCCUUAAAAAUAUAUAACUUGAACUCUAUAUAUAAAAGCGAGAAUUCAAUCUCUACGUUGGAACGGCACAACCGCACAACCACAAAUAUGAAGAUAAUGGAUAAGAAGAUUGAAAACAACGUAUCGUGUGAGGAGAUACUAAGAAAUAUAUGGGUUUUGGUUAACGAAACAAAAAAAAGAUUGGAUGACCUAGAGAGUGUGAUCCAAUCUAAAUCAAAAAUCAACAUGGGCAAUGCGAACAACAUUGGAAGCAAUGACUCGUGUGAGGAGAUACUGAGAAAUAUAUGGAUUAUGGUUAAUGACACACACAAAAUAUUGGAAGAUCUAGAGAGUAUGAUCCAAUCUAAAUCAGAAAACAACAUGGACAGUGCGAACAACUUUGUCAAUGCUUAUAUGCUGGAAAAGUUCGACAGACAAUGGCGUGAUCCCAUUUCUAUGAAUAGACUGUAUUUACCCACCCAUUUCCAUGAUCUUAUGUUACUUGGUGCAAAUCCAUCUAGUCCCAUCAAAUAUUUAAAAUGGAACGUUUCACUCGUUUGGUACAUCCCUCGCGGAAAAAGGUUGGAUGCGAUUGAGAAGGUGUAUAUCCCCUUAUUUGAACAAGACCAUUGCUUUCUUGUUGUAAUUGAUUUGGUAUCUAAAGUAAACUAUAUUGUGGGAUCUGUGGCUGUGAACGAUCAAUGUGAGGAAAAAGUAUUUAAAUUGCUUAAAAGAUGCUCGGUAAAGUACUUGAAAGAAGAAAAGAUGCAUCGUUUGUUCGGGGACACCCUUACUUACCCCUUUCAUAUUAUAAAUCUUUCUUUAAAUUCGAAAGUUGAUUCGAGAGUAUACCUUCUGACAUACUUAGACGUCAAAGACAUCAAAGACUGUGCUCACAUAACUUUGACGGGCAAUGAAAUUCAAAAGCAAAGGGUCUACUUUUGUACGGAGCUUUUUCUGAGCUCGUUGAAUGAAUAAAAAAUGAAGGCUAAUUAUUUGAAGGAGUGCAAGGAACAAUGAAUUGGUAUGGAUUUUGUAAACCUCUUCAAAGCUUGACGAUUACUCUUUCUCUACACGCCAAACUGCUGGGUUGGCUGUUAUGAUUAACUUUUGUGGUGAUCGAAAGGAGGGGGGUGAUUAUGAUGCUACUAAUCCGCUCCUUUGAAAACAAAUGUCAAUGAUUUGUUUUGGUUAAUUUCCUUUGAGAAGACAUUAAUAUGUUUUGGAUAUAAUUUAAUUAGCGGUGCUUACUCUAGCAUUCCAUUUUUCAGAUUAUGAACGUUUGUUUUGUUUUUUAA